AUGGCUCCACCCGACCCUAGACAAAUCCACAUCACUUCCCGCUUGGGAGCAUCAGUUCCACCUCAUGUGAAUAUGCCCCACGUUCUGUCUAAUGCUGUCUAUCCAGGAUACAGCUUUCUGCAGCAAGAAUCCAUGGAAGCAGUGGCCAGAAGGCAGGAGUUGGUGCAGAAACAGAAUCUAGCCAGAAGCUCUCUGGAUGACCUGCAUGGUAACACCAGGCUAAUGACAACUGGUCCAUACCCACCAGUCAGUAGCUGGCAAAAAGAGAAGGGUCGCCGGCUAGGGAGAAGAGUGGGAAAUCAUAAAGCUUCCGGUUGUAAUGCCAGGAGUUCCAAAAACCAAGAGGAAGACAGAAAUCCAGAUCAGAUUCUCACAGUUUCAGCUGCAGAAAAAGAGGAUAAGAAAGACCUUGACACUGAACCACACCCUAAAUAUGAGCCAAGCCAAAGCAAUGGGGAACCAGCCACUGUGCCCACCAAGAGUCUCAAGGAACAUGAGCACAGCCCCCAAAAAUCCUGUGAAGAGCGCGGAAUAGGUGAUCUAUUUUUAAAUGGGGAAGAUCUUUCUUCUGUUGAAGAUAUUCGGAAAUGGGCCAUAGAUGAUGUGUAUGACUUCAUUACGGGGCUCCCAGGUUGUUCAGACUAUGCUCAGAUAUUUAGAGACCACGCAAUUGAUGGUGAAACCUUGCCUUUGCUCACAGAGGAGCAUCUUUUGGACACUAUGGGCUUAAAACUUGGACCAGCCCUAAAAAUUCGUUCUCAGGUAUCUCGACGUCUGGGAAGUAUGGUUUACAUGGCAAGUCUUCCUCUCCCUCUUCCCUUUUCUUCUACAAGAAAAUCAUCAGAUCCAUCGACAGGUACAACAUCUCCUCUGAAUUGCACCAAUGGGGCUGUGUUGGAUUUUCUUGCUCCCAGGAUACGGCAAUUUCUAAAACAGGAAAGGAGAUAG